GCUGAAUCUCUUUCGUUGAGUGCACUGUCAAAGUGAAAGUGAAGGCAUCCAAUUUUCCCAAUCAUUUUUAUCAUCUUUUUAAAAAUCCGACUUUUCCACAUUCAUCGCUAUGUCUAACGAGUUUUUCUACGGAACAACCCUCAAGAAUGAUGCCCCAUCCCAGACAUGGGAUCCUUAUCACAAGAAUGAGGAAAAUAGCGAGAUGCUAAUGCCUCAUAAGCUCAUUAUCAAGCAAGUCCUACUGGGAUAUGAGGCAAAAGAAGGGGAAUACAACGUUGUUGAGGUUACCAGCCCAACAAGCCAGGAUGACGUCAAGAUCCCAAUUGCAGUGCUGAAAGUGGGCGAAACUCGAUCCAUUAGCAUGGAAAUGGAGUUUCCGGACGCUCCCAUAACAUUCAAGCUGACUCAGGGCUCUGGGCCAGUUCACAUUCAUGGUCACCAUUUGAUCCGGGAGGCCGAAGCUGAUCUCAUGGGGGAGAUGCAGGAGGGUGAGGAGGAUGAAGAUGGCAUUGAUGAUGUCAAGGAUGAGUAUGCUGAGGAAGAGGAAGAAGCAGCUCCAACGGCAAAGAAAGCCAAGUUGUCCAAUAAUUCCAAGGAUGGCGGCACAAACAACAAGGCAGCUCUCAAGAGCAAGAAGUAAAUUUUUGCCAAUCCUAAAGAUUUUACAGUUAUUAAGACAUUUAUAAUUAUUCCUGGAAAUAUUGUAUUCUAAAACAAAAAAAACUUUGAAAAAUAAAAACAAAUGUCCUCAAAA